AGUGGAGUUGGACGGAUCUGUCAGGCUGCUGGACUUGCUUGGCAUCAUGAGAGACAGCAUGAUGACAACAAAGGACCAGAUCAGAACGCUUGAAAUAGCCCUCAGAAGACAAGGAGUAACAGUUGCAGAGAGCAAGAUGUAUACUCACAUUCGUUUUGACAAGAAGGCAGAGAAGGGUAUCAAGAGUAUCUUCAAAUUACUGAAGCAGAUGGAUGACAAGUAUGUCUCAUGUUGUACCAACGGCAAGGACUCAUGGAUGGUGACCGAGAUUCUGAGGGAAGCAAGAACAAUCAACAUUUCCCUUCUCCAGUCCAUCUUCAAAUUCUUGUCCUUGCCGAGGCCGCAAGGCAAAGCUAGCAGAAGGUCUCUUAUCUCAAAGGCAUUGCAAAAGAGGAAAGUGGCCUGUGAGGGCGAGCAAGAGGAAAUUGAAGAUAAUGAUAGGAAGAUACAGAGGGCACAAAAUCAGUUGCAGACAUUACAAAACAGCAUCGAAGAUAUUGAAACAGGAUUAGAAUGCUUAUUUAGAAGACUAAUCAAAAAUAGAGUCUCUCUUCUUAACAUCCUAAGCCUGUAAUGAUCUCAACAGCCUUUAUGCUCGCAUGCCCUCAUUAGCAUCUGCAUUUUAGAGGAACUGCUAAUGACUGUAUAUUGUAUCAAUUUUGUAAAAGAGUUACAAUGCACUCUAUAUUGUUUCCCAUUUCCA